CGGCCCAGAUGGGGAAGGCUACGAGAGCCUCGCAGCCCUUUGCGGGUUAACGAAUGUAUUGCGGGUGACCUUCCAGACGUCGGUGAAUUACAGCUCCCAGCAUCCCUCGCCAUCAGCGGGGAUGGGCCUCUGGGAGGUGUAGUUUCCCAGCGCCCUAACAAAGGAACGAAUGUAACCACAGAGCUGUGCGAUCCUAGAGCGGUCACAGCCGAGCUCGACGAAGAACUGGCGGGGGAGCGGCCGUACCGGAAAUAGGCCUGGCACCGCUCUGGGCCGCUCCUCUGUGGCGCCGGCGGCGGGAUGCCGCGGCUGAGGCGGCGGGAUGGCGGAAGGCGGCGGCGCGUCGUCGCCCGACUCGGGUGGCCUCCUGCAGCAGAUCCUGAGCCUCCGCUUGAUCCCGCGCGCGGGCAACGCCACCGCCUGCCCCACCGCGCUCUGCCAGUUCUCAGAGAUGUGGUAUGGUGUCUUCCUGUGGGUACUGGUGUCGUCUCUCUUCUUCCACAUCCCUGCAGGGCUGCUGGCUCUCUUCACCCUCCGGAGGCACAGAUAUGGCAGGUUCAUGCCAGUGGGCAUCUUCCUGAUGGGCCUAGUCGGGCCGUUAGCUGCUGGGACCCUAACAAGUGCUGCCAUUGCGGGGGUCUACCGAGCUGCUGGGAAGAAGAUGAUCCCCUUUGAGGCCCUGACUUUGGGAGUGGGACAGACCUUCUGCGUGGUGGUGAUUUCUUCCUUACGGAUCUUGGCUACUCUUUAGCCCCUCCUCAGCCCUGGAAGGCCACCGGAGGACCAUUGCCUGGGAAUCAUGGCAUAGGAGAUUCAAAAGCGUGAGCGUGACCAUGGAGUAGUCCUGGGCAGGACCCUCCGAGAGAAAAAAAGCUUCGCAGCAGCCCCGCUUAGCUGUGGCUUCAGUUUUUUCACGAAGACUUGUUCAGGAGGAACUUUGCUCCGGAUUGAGGCAACUGGUUCCCCUGAAGCCCCUCUCUCUUCCAAAGUCAGACAGCCAAAGGUGGUCGAGAAAGCUAUGGGUCCUUCUGCACAUCGUCAUCCCGGCGCAAACCUGGCUGCUUUCAAGCUGCACGUUGUCUGCCUUGUGAUACAGCUGGAGGGAUUCUCCUUGGGCUGAGAAUAGGGGUGGCCGACAGAGGAAGGCAGAGGCCACGCCCCGUGGCAACGUUCACGCUCAGCACUGCUGGUGAAUGAAUGUUCGGGCUCCGGGGCUGAAACGGAAACCAAUUCUGUGUUUAUAAUGUGUGAUACUUUUGUAACCUGAAGUGCCAACCUGCGCGUUUCUAUUUUCUUUUUAAGUGCGCAUAUCUGGUUUUAGGUUGGGGGCAUGAUGGGGGCUUGACUCCAGAGAACACAUGGGGUGGGGAGGCGGUUCUGCGUUACUUGAAUCCACCCUGCGGUGGUUGCACUGAGGCAGCUUUGCUUCUGGAUGGGGUUCCGGCUGGAGAGCUUCGCUGCGACGGUCUUGAAGCUUCUCCUAGAAAGGAAUGGGAAUGUAGCCCCAUCAGCCUGCCCACUCCGAUGGGAAGCAUUCUGCCUCUGUUAGUGCUCAAACAAAGGAAGAAAAUUCUCUGUUGCUACCUCAAGUGUGCAGGAUGAGUUUGAAACGUAGCUCUGCUGGCCAGUGGCCACCGCAGGGGACAAAGAAGGGGAGGCAAGUCCAGGAAAUGCAUUUCUGAAAUCCAGGGUGCCCUCUUUUAAUUUACAUCCCGUGGAUGCCCAGAGAAGCAUUUCGAAUUGUGCACGAAGGGCGUCAUCAUUUCUUGCUGGGUGGAUUUGAAGAAAGGAAGAGAUGGGCUGCAUUUUUGGAUGUGCUUGUGAGGAGCCAUCGGCUUCCUGCAGGCAGAAGCUCAGACUGCUUGGGGGAGCCAACAAGUGCCUGGGCAAGGUUGCCCUUCCUCCUGGGACCAAUCUUGCAACCCAUCAUGCCCUUUCUCUGGGCAGCCAUGCGUUGCUGCCAGGGAUCCCAGGAGAUCACCAAUCUGCCUUGUGAAGGCAGAUCCCAGUGUAUUUCAUGACAGGAUUCAUUGGCUGAGAGGGAGGGAGGGCACGUGGUGUUAGGCUGUUUGGUCUCAGAGCACAGAUGGGAAAUGCUUGUCUAGACCCCCUCGCUUAUCAGAAAUUUGACACCAUCUUUUCUCUCCAUGAAAGUUCAUGGCUCUGCACCCCCCACCCCAAUCCUUGUGAAGCUUCCUGGGUGUUUUUAAACAAUGAUUAUUUGGGUAGGUUCUGAAACCUGUUUCCCUCUGAGCUCAAUUGACCCACUUUUAAAGAAUAAAUGCUCUGCAUCACAGGUGGGCCACCUGCAGGUGCCCCCCCCCCAUUUUUGUCACUGCGAAGCAUUCUCCCAACUGCAGCUGUCAAAAAUUAGGGGUGUGCUUUUUACCACUUUUAAGACAGGACACAUGCCAAAAAUGUAGUGUGAUUCUUAAAAUAGGCUGAACAGUUGAAAAACACCUCCCUUCCCAGGGAAACUUGCCUCUGCUCACAGGUGAUGUGGCUCUUCCUGUUCCGCCAUAUUCCCACUCACUGUGCCCCCUCCCCUCUUUUAAGUGCAACUCAUGGCUCUCAAAAGGUCGCCCAUCAAAAUGUUUUAAACGGCAAAGGCUUAAAAUGUGUGACUGCUCUCGUUUUUAAUGUAUUAAUCAUGAUUAACUGGCCAGAUUCUCAAAAACAUCAUGAUCAUUCAGCCCCCUGAACUGUAGCUUUCCAUGCCUAUGAGCCGGUUGAAUGUGAUAGCUCUAAUUCAAUUGUUACCUCCCUUGCGUUGGCAAAUCUAAUCAUUGCUCUCUUACGUUAUACUUUUACUUUAGUUUCUCCAGGCCUUUCUAACUUCCUCCUCGAGAUGGAAGCUUGAGGAGGUAAAAAUGUCCUCCUUCCUCUGCCUCCUGAUGUAAGCACUGGCACAUUCAAGCACUCAUUCAAUGACAGUCGGGAGACCAGGCUCUUUCUACUGUUUUAAUGAAGCGAAAUGACCAGUACAAGAAGAAAGCUGCAAAUGCCCAAUUCCCGCUCAAACCUACAUUUAAAACUACGUCCUCUAAAUUGCCCUCUUACCCCUUUACCCACUAAAGCACGCCACCCCCCUUCCCAUGCCAGGUGGCUCCUCUGAUGUCUCCUGCUUGCAUGGCCUUGGGGUGGCCGAGGCAAUAAGCCCCUAGCCAUAACAACUCCGUUCGCACUCCGAUCUGGCGACACAAAGUCUGUUCACACCAAUGAGAGAAGGAUGGGAGAUACUCGGAUAAGGGGUUCUGUGAACCUUUGAUCGGAGACUCUGACGCCUGAACUCAUUUGGUGGUUUGCAGCUGGAAUCCUAGCUUUAGUGAGCAUGAAAGACACGGCCUUUUGGCUAAGGAUCAGCCAAGUCAGGAAGGAUGAGAUCCGUAAUCUCAUCAUUACCCAGCAGCAGGGAGCUUGGUGAAAGUUGACAAGAGCGAAACCCCACUUUUUCUCACCCAAAUGUAAUAACAGGACUGGAGGUUCUGUUCUGUUGCUGCCUCUACCAAAUAUUGGUACUUGCAGACCUAAACACCUUGAAUUACAGCGGAAGCUGGAGGAGGGCCAUGCCCAUUAAUGCAGUGGUGGGGUGGUUCCUUAGGAGCUCCCACAAACUGGGUUUAAAGGAGGGUGUUGAUGGACUCUCUUCUCUGCGGCCAUUUCCUUUGAAAACUGCAACGGUGAGCCUGUCUUCUUGUCGGCAAGUGCCCGUCACCAUUUGCAGGCUGCUGACCGCUGCAGUGUAUGCAAACCAAUCUUUGUACGGAGGGAGAAUAAAUCUCCCGAUACUGGUUUUUAUUUUUCUACUGACAUUUCUGAUUCUAGCACUGAUACUUUAGCUAAUAAAAUCCCGGCUAAGUCUUGUGAACAA